AUGUCCAAGUCCUUCACCCCCGCCGACGUCGCCUCCCACAACAACGCCGACAAUGGCCUCUACAUCAUCGUCGACAGCAGUGUCUACGACGUGACCGAGUUCAUCAACGAGCACCCCGGCGGUGCCAAGAUCCUCAAGCGCGUGGCGGGCAAGGAUGCCUCGAAGCAGUUUUGGAAGUACCACAACGAGUCCGUGCUAAAGAAGUAUGCGCCCAAGCUGAAGAUCGGGGAGGUCAAGGAGGCGGCCAAGCUGUGA